CUCUCUCUCCCCUUUGCUCCACAGCCUCAUUCUUUGCAGACUUUUCUCCUCCACAACCUCAAGAUGAAAUUUGCCAAGAACUGCUGGGGCAUCUUAGCAGAAGCGAGGAAUGGACAGCACUGAGAUCGGCUUGCUAAGGGAAGCAGAGAAGGGAAGAGGCAAGUCGUCAGAACUCAACCCCUGGGCUGUUUCGCGGAGGUGUUUCCCUGCUCCAACAAGCAUCCACCAAGGUCAAGCCUGUUGAUCCCGGCCUCCACCAUGACAGCUCACGGCUUCUGGGACUUCUGGGUGUUGAUGGUUUCUGCUGCCUUCCUGCUGGUCCGUGGACAAUAUCCACAGCAGGGCAGUGCGGACAACGGUCACUGGAGGCAGAUGAUCCAAUGGGAGAAUAACGGAAGGCUCUAUAGUCUCCUGAACUCCGGCUCGGAGUAUGUCCCGGCCAGCCACGUAAGAGCCGAGAGCAGCGCCAGAGUGAUGUUGGCCGAUGCUGCCACCAACCAAGGACAGCGAAGUGCAGGGAACACUCGGAGACAGGCGCCAACUUUACCCAUCAGGUCAGGAUCUGAUACCGUCCGGGGACAGACUAGGCACCCCUUCGGCUUUGGGCAGGUCCCAGACAACUGGAGAGAUGGAAGCACUGGAGACAGUAACUCCAACCCCCAUCGUCCAUGGUCAUCCACUCCUCGUCAGCGGCAGGUGGGUGCUGCGUCCUCUUCCUCUUCGUACGUCGCACUUGGGCAGCUCUACCCACAGGGCUCCUAUCCUCAGCCCCCUUAUGCCAACCAGUAUGAAUCCUACGACUCGCAGGUGCCCCGGGCGUACGACGAGAGCUACAAUUACUACCGUACCACUGGGACAGGAGCCGGUGCUGUGGCUGCCGCUGCGGCCAGCGCUGGAGUGGUGUACCCUUUUCAACCCAGAGCGAGAUACGAAGAUUAUGCAGAGGACCAGAAUCCCUACCGCGCUCAACCCUACGCCCCUGUCCAGGAGAGACCGUACGUGCCUUCUGCUCAACAGCUCCCAUCUCCAGAUGGCUUAGACAGACGGUAUUCCCACAGCCUCUACCACGACACUGGAACAAGUUUUGACCAAAAUGUCCCGGAUUCCUACGCAUCCACCCAGAACCAGGGCCAAGGAGUCCCUCUUGCAGAUAAUUUGCAUCUACACCCUGGAUCGCCUUCCAGUACUGGUACCGGCUACGGGAACGAGCCCUGGGCAAGGCAAUAUCCUCCCUUUGGUCAGGUUCCUGAAGAGUCCUACGUCCCUGCUCGCAACGUGGAACCCCAGCCCCCUUUCCGGCCCUUAGACCCCCACGGGGUUCCUCGGCCUGAGCCCUACCUUCCUAUCCGGAAUUCUGAAACUCCCCAGUUGAUUCCAGACAACCAAGGGGUCAACCAAGGCCGAAUGAGUGUGGGCAGCAUCUACAGACCAAAUCAGAAUGGACGUGGGCUCCCUGAUCUUGUACCUGACCCAAACUAUGUCCAAGCGUCCACGUAUGUUCAGAGAGCUCACCUCUACUCACUCCGUUGUGCAGCGGAAGAGAAGUGCCUCGCGAGCACGGCUUACACUGCAGAAGCGACCGAUUACGAUGUCCGGGUGCUACUGCGUUUCCCGCAGCGAGUGAAGAACCAGGGGACCGCAGACUUCCUGCCCAAUCGAGCCCGUCAUACUUGGGAAUGGCACAGCUGCCAUCAGCAUUACCACAGUAUGGAUGAGUUCAGCCAUUAUGACUUGCUGGAUGCUACCACCGGGAAGAAGGUGGCUGAAGGCCACAAAGCUAGCUUCUGUCUGGAAGACACCACGUGUGACUUCGGGAACCUCAAGCGCUAUGCCUGCACAUCACAUACCCAGGGUCUGAGUCCAGGUUGUUACGACACUUACAAUGCUGACAUAGAUUGCCAGUGGAUUGAUAUCACAGACGUUCAACCUGGGAAUUAUAUCCUAAAGGUUCAGGUAAAUCCCAAAUACAUCGUGAUGGAAUCGGACUUCACCAACAACGUGGUAAGGUGCAACGUUCACUACACCGGGCGCUUUGUGGCCACCACAAACUGCAAAAUCUCCCAGUCUUGAGUUCAACCAGGAUGGCAACAGCCCUUCCACCUUCCUUAGUUGUCCCCCCGUCUUCCCGCAAAAGCCUCUCGCAAGGUGUGUAGCCCGCUUCGAGGGACUGGCCUCACCGCACCUGGCGCCUACGUGGAAACGGGAGCUGUUCCACAGCUUUGUUUUUGAGGCUAUGUUAAAUGAAACGUGUCACUUUAAUACUUUUAUAAAUACUUUUGUUCUGAA